CUUCCGGGUUGUGCUCCCGGAAGCAGGAAAUUGGCCCAACCUCCAUGCCCGGCGGCUGAUGUCCCCGAGGCGGGAGGAGCCCGAGGGGGCGAGGGCCCGCAUGUUUAAGCCACUGUUAAGAAUCAAGCUCACUCUUCUGAACUUCCCUCUGUGGCAAAGCUUACUUCUGCCAGAGUUGGACCUUCUUUCUGGAGGGAUUUUGUAUUGGAAGAUAUGGAUCUUGCUGCUAAUGAGCUCAGCAUUUAUGACAAACUUUCAGAGACUGUUGAUUUGGUGAGACAGACAGGCCAUCAAUGUGGCAUGUCAGAGAAGGCAAUCGAAAAAUUUAUCAGACAGCUGCUGGAAAAGAAUGAACCUCAGAGGGGGCCACCCCAGUAUCCUCUCCUUAUAGCUGUGUAUAAGGUCCUUGUAACUCUGGGAUUAAUCAUGCUCACUGCCUACUUUGUGAUUCAACCUUUCAGCCCAUUAGCACCAGAACCAGUGCUUUCUGGCGCUCAUACCUGGCGCUCACUCAUCCAUCACAUUCGGCUGAUGUCCUUGCCCAUUACCAAGAAAUAUAUGCCAGAAAAUAAGGGAGUUUCUCUGCGUGGGGGUGACGAAGACAGACCCUUUCCAGAUUUUGACCCCUGGUGGACAAAUGACUGUGAGCAGAAUGAGUCAGAGCUCAUCCCUCCCAACUGCACUGGCUGUGCUCAGAAAUUACCCCUCAAGGUAAUACUCCUGGAAGAUACCCCCAAGGAGUUCGAGAGACUCCAUCCUCUGGUGAUCAAGUCUGGACAGCCCCUGUUGUCUGAGGAGAUUCAACAUUUUUUGUGCCAGUACCCUGAGAUGACAGAAGGCUUCACUGAAGGGUUUUUUUCCAAGUGGUGGCGUUGCUUUCCUGAGCGGUGGUUCCCUUUUCCUUAUCCAUGGAGAAGACCUCUGAAUAGGUCACAAAUUUUACGGGAGCUUUUUCCUGUUUUUAUCCACCUGCCAUUUCCAAAAGAUGCCUCCUUAAAAAAGUGCUUCCUUCUUCACCCGGAACCUGUUGUGGGGAGCAAGAUGCAUAAGGUGCAUGACCUAUUUACCAUUGGCAGCGGUGAGGCCAUGUUGCAGCUCAUCCCUCCCUUCCAGUGCCGAAGACACUGUCAGUCUGUGGCCAUGCCAAUAGAGCCAGGGGAUAUCGGCUAUGCUGGUGCCACCCACUGGAAGGUCAACAUUGUAGCCAGAGGGGUGCAGCCUUUGGUCGUCUGUGAUGGAACCACUCUUUCAGAACUAUAGGAAACAGAACUAUAUACAGGAACAGCUCUGAGAGCUGAAAGUGGGGGGAAUAAAAACAAAAACGAUGAAACCACUUUCCAGGGGCUGGUUACUUAGUUCCCUGCCCUUUGCAUGCACAUGCUAGUCACUGCUGUGCUGGAGACCAAGGCCAGGGCCUGACCUUCUGGACUCCACCCAGAUGGCUUAGGAAGGACUCCAGCCUGGCUUCUUGGCCUGGACUUUGCCAGCACCCAUCUGUGAGAGACUGGCUCUUCCAGGCCUGGAGGCUCCCUCACAGGCAGGAAGUAGGGUGCUGCCUCCCCCCAUUUGUGUGGACACGGUCCCCUCUGCUGGCUCCGGGCAAUGGAGAGGGCAGCCAGUGGGUCCUGACAUCAGAGCCGUUCUUCACCAGGUGGGCCUGCUCGUCUGCUGAUUGCCCGGCUACAUUAGCCUGUACAUCUUUUGGGAAAGCCAUGGCUGAUUAAAGAAAUGGCUGCAAUUUCUCAAGCAAAAUGGAAUUUAGAACCAAUGAAAAAAAGGUCAGAUAAUACCAAAUUACAUUUACGAAGAGCAUCUCUUUCCCAGUCUGCAUGGAUCUGGAUGUCUCAGAGGUGCCAGGCUGCAUUAUGAUUAAAAUUCCAAAUGAGUAUUCCUAAGGUGAUACUUUUCUCCAUUUUAUCAGGUUGUUAUCCUACCCCACCUUGCCCAUCUGGAUGGUUUCUCAGAAGUUGGGCUCCGAGUCCCCUCCCUUGGCUGGGCCAGAGCCCUUCCUGCUGAUGCAGCACUGCCCCUGUUGAUUGUUGCUUUUACCAAGUGUCUUCAGAGGGGAAUGAGUUAGAGUAGCUGGCCUGGGAGUGGGUGCCUCCCUGGGUUUGAUCUUUAGGAUCUGACUUUGUACAGAGAUGUUUUGCUGAUGCGUCAAAGCUGAUGUUGUAAUGUGGUUGGGGAAGGAACUCCAGACCCAAAGUGUUUGCCAGCUGGGCUGCAACUGAUUUUGUGAUCCUUGGUCUUAAAAUGAGCUCCCUUUGUACUGGGAGACAAGGUGAGAUGUUAUUUUUUGUAAUGUUAUAAAGCUGUGUUCUCAUUGGAUGAUUUGCUGUGCUCAUUGUUUUCCGCCAAGUGCUUUUGGUAUGUGUUAAUCAAAUAGUAUAAAUAAGGAUACUUUUCUUGUUUCCUUUUCCCCCUUAUUAUUCCUUUAUUGACAUUGCUAGAUCCCUGGCCACUGAUCACGCCUCCUCAAUACAAAAAACAAACCACACUAAAUUGCAGAAAUCAAGUGGAUGCACAGUAGAUGUCUGUCACAGAGUUAUGGACUUGAGGCAGAUGGAGAUGGUGGAAAGCAAUUGUGCCCCUUUCUGGGAUCCUCCUCAUCCUUGGAAGACUCCUGCACCUCUACUCCCAGGCCCCUUUUCCUGCACAUUCCAUGAAUACUGAGCCCUUGAAUGGCCUCUUUGUCUAUGGUUUUGUAAAGGACAAGCAGAGUUCACAGAGCUUUGGAUGGAAACACUGGGAGCCUCCUCCAUGGGUUUAAAUGAAACCAGGAUGAGCUCUAUGUACCUGGGGGAAUUUUUCCUUAAAAGAAUUAUCCCCUUGUGUGGGUGAAGACAGGGAAAACAAAACUUUUUGUACAUAUAAAAGUCAAGACUGCUAAGCAGUUAUGAUUUAAGAGAUUUUAAAUGAGGGAUCAUCUAGAGGCCAGCUUUGUGCAAGCCCUCCGAGCUUCUGCAGGGUCCCCACCCCUGCUGCACAUGGUGCAUGAUUAUAUAUAAACAGGUUCUCAGAGGCCUCUCAGAAUUUUCUUAAAUUAGACCCUUUGAGUUAACAAAAGAGAGCUCCUUAGGAGGGAGCAGAGGGAUGGUUUUGAUGAUUGAGACCUGUUUUGUUCUUAUUAAUUAUCUUGUGUUUUAUUACUCAUUUCUGCCUUUCAUAUCUUAAAUAUCAAUAAAAUACACAGUUCAGCUCAAACUUUGAUAACUAAGAAACCCUUGCACGUGUUGAUGUUGGAAGGCAUCCCCUGAGCUGUUCUUCAGUACAACAAAGAAUGAUUAUAGCCGAAGACAAGCAGCAGCUUUAUGUAUGUACCACUCGUUCCACUCAUUUUCAGCCAAGACCUUGAAUAUCGAUUUGUGUUAAGUGAGAAAUUCUCCAAAGAGGAUUUUCUGCUCUUAAUUACUGGGUGCAUUGAAGUAAUUCACUUUCUUGUCAAGGUAAUUCUCAUAAGUAGAAUCUACUAAGCUGCCAGCCCUACAGGAAUGGCGGGGUUGCCAGCCAGCCGUUUCCUAGUUAUUCACGGCUUUGUGUAGGAUGCCAUGGGAUUUCCCCACCAGUUAGCGCUCAGCCACUAGACAGAACUAGCAAAAGCCCCUCUGCAUGACCCAGUAUGGAAAGGAGGCUCCCCAACAUGAGAAAGUGGGGAUAGAGGGACAGGGUAGGACCACUUAACCCAUGCCCCACCACCCCAAUCACAAUUAAAAAAAAACUCAGAACUCCAAAAAGAGAGACUUGUUCACAGGUUUGUCAGGUGUUUGCUGGGAGGUGACUCUGCACUGGGUCGGGUUCACUUUCAUGUAGGUUCCCAGCACAGAAAUGUGGUCCUAGGAAUCGGCUCUCUGGGGAGGCAGGUUGCUUUGGUGCCAUUUUGAAGCACUUGUGUCCAGAUGUCCUGAGCCUUUCACCAGUUAAUGAGUGGACUACACACCUAUUCUGGUUUAUGAAAAAAGGCAGAGCCAUCCUCCAUUUUAUCAGGGAAGGGAGGAUGUAAAAUAGUAACUGUUUAUAGAAACAGAAGUCUACCUAUUUGGUGAAAUACAAAGCAGUCUGAAUAAAAGGGGCAGAUUUGGGCAUAUUUUCUCAGAGAAAGGACUCCUAAUACUUGUCCGAGUCCACUCCAGCUUACAGGGUGCCUCUAGAUACAUAGUCUCCUUUCUUCGCUCAGUCCUAUAAAAUGGAUAGUAGAUACUUCUUCUACAAGUAAAGAAAUUUGGGUGUUAACUGCCAGUAGGUAGGUAGGUGGGUGCUUCUGCAGCACAUUAUUUUUCUGCUGCAUCGUAGUGUGGUGCCCAAGAAGAGAACUGUGAGUUCCAUUGACUCCAGUGUGCCCCAUCGGGGUGAUCCUGAGGAUGAGAUUCAGCAAGCAGGAACCCUGCAGGGUUUGUUUAAAAACUCUUUUGGUCAGAAAUGGAAAAGAAAAGAAUCUAGUGAUUUUUAUAAAAAUCCUUGCACUUUUUCCCUUCCCACUUGAAAACUCUUUAAAAAAAAGAGUGAGUUGUAGCUGGAACACAACUAUGUCCAGCCAUUUUCCUGUCACCACGUGUUUCCAGAUGUGUGACCAGAGGAGGGACUCUGCCCAAUUCCAGUUGUGGCUCCCCUUGGAGUUACAUCACUUGUUUUUCAGUUCUCAGUUUUCUAUUCCCUUCUUCUAAAAUCCAGCAUAGGCCUCAGUGUAGGAGCAGCUAUUCUAAGGUAGUCUGGAUGAGUCUGUUCACUCCUCAGUUGCUCCCACAGUCAGUGUUCAAACCCCAAAGCAAAUGUCCACUUCUCAUUAUCUCCAGCAGGAGGACAGAUGAUAGAGGGAAAGGGAAAGCCACCUGGUGCAGUGGGGAGGGUGACUUUGUUCAUCUUUUUCAGGUGUUCAACAGAAGAGUCUUGUAGGCUUUUGAGUUCUUCCAGCAAUGGAAGGAACUCCCAAGAACACAGUUCCUCAUUACCUUUCAGUGGUGACCUGUCCCUCAACAAAAUUGGUUGAAAGAAGAGAGUGUUGGAGAUGGACUUUAACAUAGUGCUUCAGGCUGAGAUUCUCCCCGUGCUUGCACCUGCAGAUGUUGUGUACAGAGACCGGGUGUCUCAGGACCAGGAGGUUAGGAAGGUGAAGGCAUGUACAAAAGAAAAGUAGGGUGCACUAGGAAAGUGCCAGGUCCCCAGAGGCACAUAGAGCCUUGUCCUCCUCACUACCAGCCUCCAGAUAUCCAGCAACAACUUCCAAAAAAGCACCUCAGGGAGCCAGACAGGUGCUCUUCCUCGGCUGCACCAUGUCCAAGCCUGCAGCCCUGGGUGCGGUGCCACUUUAAAUGCGGGUGUGCAGGAGAAAGCCUCCAGCCGGCUUGUCUGCUGGCCAGGUCCCUCCGUGUCUGGUUUCUCUGCCCUGCAUAAUUUAAGCAUUAGAGCUAAAUACAUCUGUCAUUCUCCUCUCCCUGGAGACCGUGAAAUGUCCAGACUUUUUCAGACUAGUGCGGAGAAGGAAUGUUAUGUAACUAAGCAGAGGCCUGGGGCUGUGGAGAGGCACCAGGGCGGGCAGGAGACCCUUCCCUCACCACUGAGUGUGUUCGUCACUUAAGCAGCUGUCACCAAUCAAGAGUGAACCACGGUUCUAGCACCAGUGCAGAGAAGUGGGCCCAGCUGAGUUUUGAGUUCCAAGCAGAAAUGGGACACCUGCUUUGUGCCAGGCUCCAUUUACCUCAUGACAGCCCACAACAGCUGGGUAGGUGGGGGUCACCCUGGGCAGCCAUCUUCCCUCACAGCUUAGCUGCAGCUCUGCAGAGCACUUUUGACCCUUUUUAAGAAAAACUCUCACCUGUCUAUGAGAAUUGGUGACAAGAACUGUCAGACGCCUGGCACUGGCAGGUGUCUCAUCAUAGGCAAUGUUCUCCUUCACCCUUCUUUCUGCAGUUCUACUCAGAAAAAUGCUGCCUGUAUGCUUCUCCUCCUCUCUUCCCCCCACAGGAGAGGCGUGGGCAGGCCAGGACUCAGGCAGGACUUAGUGUCAGCCUCUCCCUGCCAGCCUCGGGGACAGGGGCUGGGAACAAGCACAGUUCAUCUUCAGGGAACCAGGUUGUGGUGGGUUCGGGUGGCCCCAAUGAGCAGAGGUAGACACCUGUCCCAGGUGUGGGUGGUCAAAAUGGUCUGAGCUGUUCAUGUGUGUCAACUGCAGAAUGUGGACAGUAAUUCGAUAUACUGUGAACUCAUAAAGACCUCACCAUGUAAAGAAUGUAUGUAAAUUAAAGUUUUAUGUAAUGAAAGUUUUUACUUUUUGUAAUUAAAAGUGUGUAUGUUGGUUGGUAA